UUCAAUGUGUCCAGACGUGACAACAAACGUUAUCAGCAUUGGAGAAAAUGGGCACAGCAUUGGCAUCUAAAUCAUUUUGAUAAGAUAAAAACUUCCAUCAAACCAUCAAAACGCGUUUGCUUUUGUCUCAUAUGAUUUAAUAAUCAAAACUGAAGUCUUAAAAUGCCGAGCAACAAGAUGGACAAAUCUGACAAGCCGGAGGUCAUGGACAACGUCAAAGUGGUUGUGCGAUGUCGACCGCUGAACCAGAAGGAGAGGAGUAUGGGCCACAAGCAGGCCGUCAGUGUGGAUGAGAACCGAGGGACCAUAACCGUCAACAAAUUAGAGACCACCCACGAACCCCCCAAGACCUUCACAUUUGACACGGUGUUCGGACCAGACAGCAAACAGCUGGACGUUUACAAUCUGACAGCCCGCCCCAUCAUAGACUCAGUAUUAGAGGGUUACAAUGGUACCAUCUUCGCGUACGGACAGACAGGGACAGGAAAGACAUUCACCAUGGAGGGCGUGAGGGCAGUGCCAGAGCUCCGAGGAAUAAUCCCCAACUCCUUCGCUCAUGUGUUCGGCCACAUCGCCAAAGCAGAGGGCGACACCCGGUUCUUAGUUCGCGUCUCUUAUCUGGAGAUUUACAAUGAAGAAGUGAGGGACCUGCUGGGGAAGGACCAGAUGCAGAGGCUAGAGGUGAAGGAGAGGCCAGAUGUGGGUGUUUACAUCAAGGACCUGUCUGGUUAUGUGGUGAACAACGCUGAUGACAUGGACCGGAUUAUGACAAUGGGGCACAAGAACCGCUCGGUUGGCUCCACCAACAUGAAUGAACACAGCUCUCGCUCUCAUGCCAUCUUCACCAUCACCAUCGAGUGCAGCGAGAAGGGUGUGGAUGGGGACCAGCAUGUACGCAUGGGAAAACUCCACUUAGUGGAUCUGGCGGGUUCUGAGCGUCAGGGGAAGACAGGAGCGACGGGCCAGCGGCUGAAAGAGGCCACUAAGAUCAACCUGUCUCUGUCCACGCUGGGUAACGUCAUCUCCGCUCUGGUGGACGGGAAGAGCACCCACGUCCCCUACAGGAACUCCAAACUCACCCGCCUGCUGCAGGACUCACUGGGGGGAAACUCCAAGACCAUGAUGUGUGCGAACAUCGGCCCGGCGGACUACAACUACGACGAGACCAUCAGCACGCUGCGUUACGCCAACCGGGCCAAGAACAUCAAGAACAAAGCCCGGAUCAAUGAAGACCCCAAGGAUGCCCUGCUACGGCAGUUCCAGAAGGAGAUCGAAGAGCUUAGGAAGAAACUCCAAGAAGGGGAAGAGAUCUCCGGGUCGGAGGCCAGUGGAUCAGAAGAGAUGGAUGAAGGAGAUGACGAGGGAAGAGAGGGACGAAGGAAGCGGAGAGGGAAGAAGAAGAAGGUUUCUCCUGACAAGAUGGUGGAGAUGCAGGCGAAGAUCGAGGAGGAGAGGAAGGAGCUAGAAGCCACGCUGGACAUGGAGGAGGAGGAGAGGAACAAGGCCAGGGCAGAACUGGAGAAGAGAGAGAAGGAUCUCCUCAAAGCGCAGCAGGAGCAUCACCUGCUGCUGGAGAAGCUGUCAGCCCUGGAGAAGAAGGUGAUCGUAGGAGGAGUGGACCUCCUGGCCAAGGCUGAGGAGCAGGAGAAACUACUGCAGGAGUCUAACAAUGAGCUAGAGGAGAGACGCAGGAGGGCUGAGCAGCUCCGCAGAGAGCUAGAGGAGAAGGAGGCGGAGCGUCUGGACAUGGAAGAGAAGUACUCCAGUCUGCAGGAGGAGGCUCAGGGGAAGACCAAGAAGCUGAAGAAAGUCUGGACCAUGCUGAUGGCUGCCAAGUCAGAGAUGGCCGACCUGCAGCAGGAGCAUCACCGGGAGAUCGAGGGCCUGCUGGAGAAUAUCCGCCACCUCAGCAGAGAGCUACGACUGCAGAUGCUCAUCAUAGACAGUUUCAUCCCACAGGAAUACCAGGAGAUGAUUGAGAACUAUGUACAGUGGAAUGAGGACAUUGGGGAAUGGCAACUGAAGUGUGUAGCGUACACUGGUAACAACAUGAGAAAACAGACCCCCGUGCCGGACAAGAAAGAAAAAGAUCCGUUUGAGGUGGACCUGUCUCAUGUGUACUUGGCCUACACAGAGGAGAGUAUGAGACAGUCACUGAUGAAGCUGGAGAGGCCCAGGACCUCCAAGAGUAUUAGGCCCAAGACUGGACGAAGGAAAAGAUCAGCGAAGCCCGAGGCUGUGAUGGAAUCCCUGCUGCAGUGAGAGAGCCAAUCAGGGCUGGAGCCCCAUGUACUGCAAUGAAUCUACACUACUUUACCUUAGAAUGAACAACAGUCAGUCAAUGAAUCUACACUACUUUACUUUAAAAUGAACAACAGCAGUCAGUCAAUGAAUCUACACUACUUUACCUUAGGAUGAACAACAGCAGUCAGUCAAUGAAUCUACACUACUUUACCUUAGAAUGAACAACAGUCAGUCAGUCAAUGAAUCUACACUACUUUACCUUAGAAUGAACAACAGCAGUCAGUCAAUGAAUCUACACUACUUUACCUUAGAAUGAACAACAGCAGUCAGUCAAUAGUCGAACAUGAAGAUCUUUAUUGUCGUUAUUUAAACAGAUUUUCUUAAUACACUGUUUAGCCAAGUAAGGUUUUAAAUGUGAAGGGAGGAGAGGAAACGGUUGGUCGGCCGGUCAGGGAGGGAGGGAGCGAGCAGGCAGCAGAAACUACUGUAGGAUUUAGCUAGCGUCCCAAAUGGCGCACCCUAUUCCCUAUUUAGUGCACUACUUUUGACCAGAGCCCUAUGGGAUACCCUAUGAGCCCUGGUCAAAAGUAGUGCACUAAAUAGGGAAUAGGGUGUCAUUUGGACCUGCCCCUUAGACUGCUCAAGUCAAGGGGACCUUGUAUUAUAAUAAGGGGAGGCUUGUUGAGGAUAGUCAGCUUAAUGUUGAGUCUUAAUGUAGUCAUCGAGCACAGUUCAGUGGGCAACACCCAUCUACGCCCCAAAUGAAACCCUAUUCCCAUUAUAGUGCACUACUUUUAACCAGGGCUCACAGGGUGUCCUGUAAUGCUCUGGUCAAAAGUAGUGUACUAAAUAGGGAAUAGGGUCCCAUUUGGGACUUAGGAAAUUAGUCUAUGAUGAGCACAAGCCAUGGUUUUUGAACAGGUCUUCAAAGACGAAAGCGACGACAACAACAAACACUGUUUUGAGAUGACGAUGUCACCACUCCUACUGGCAGGAUGUAAUGGAUACAUCUGAUGGCCUUUAACAAAAAAACGAUUCCAGAAAUGAUUCACAUGUGCACCACAGGUCAUAAUGCCCUUAUUUCAAGCAUCAAACUUAUGGGAGUCUAAAGUAUGCUUUACGCUUAGUUUCCUUCUUUAUGUCUGAAGGGUAGGACAUGCAUGCCAUGCCGCUUCCAUAGACAAGUGCGCAACAAUGGGACAAACUACACUAUAUUUACUCUCCAAUUGUUUAGUGAAAACGAAUACAUUUGCACAAUGAGCGCUUAUCUCUAAAAUGCAUCAUUACAAGUUGUUGGUUAGCGAGGAUAUUUUCACCAUAUUAGCAUGGACGUGACAUCAGUCGAAACACCUCAAAAUAAAACGUUAUAUUAAUAACGAGAUACUACAAGCUGAAACCAGCCACUUACGAUUCCCCACGUUGCAGCUUUCUGUCAUUGUUGUUCGCUAUCUGAACGUUCAGAAUCGUAACGCCACACGGACUUCUGUCUUGUCGAGACGCACAUCAUUUCCUGAUGUCAGCUAACCCGUCUAUAUAGUAAUGCCAUUCGUCCAUUAAACACUAACUAAGGCAUUUUUUUGGCACGCUUUGUGAUUUCUUCCUUUUCAGCUCAUCGUUCAUGGUGUAUUGUAGUGGAAGCAAAGUGUCUUUAUUUUGGAAUUUACUGUAUUUCAAAUGUUUACAUCUACUGAGCCCCCCCUCUUUUUUGUUAAUUUAUUAAAUUAUUGCACAUG